AGCUUCACGAGGCUUAAUUCUGGCACUUAUCACCCCCCAAACCUCCCCUCUCUGCACCGCUGCUUUGUUUCACAGGCAACAUCACAACAGCAUAUAUUUGACAAGGCAGUCUGCGUGUGUGUGACAAGCUGGCUGGCUGGGCUGGCCGCAUCCGGGGCAGAUACGAUUUGUUUUUGUGAUUACCGCAUUGUUAUUUUUCUCUGUUCGCUGCCAUUUCCGGGUCGUAGAGUGGAUAGCAGCUCAAGUCAGAUUUGAUGGUGAUGUUGAGUACGUGUAUCUGAUUUGGCUAGGUCGAGGCCAGGAGCAUCUUUAACAGCGUGGGAGUAGGAUAGAGGGAGGGAAAGAGAGAGAAACCGCGUUGUCCGUAUUGCGUCCGUCUGUCGCGCUCCGCGGUUGUGAAUGGACUGCGCUCCCUCAGUGUUUAUCUGCAGUCACUUCGAGUCGUUUCUGGAGGAAGAUGGCGGACAGGGAUGAGAUGUUCUCACUCUCCACCUUCCACUCCCUCUCUCCUCCAGGCUGCAGGCCUUCCCAUGACAUCAGUCUGGAGGAGUUUGAUGAUGAGGAUCUGUCUGAAAUCACAGAUGACUGUGGAAUAGGACUCAACUACGACUCUGAUCCAUACGAGAAGGACUGUCUGAUUCUGGAGAAGAACGAUAUUCACCACCCGGUCUGCUCCUUCCAGGACGACUUCCAGGAGUUUGAGAUGAUCGAUGACGAGGAUGAGGAGGAUGAAGAGGAGGUGGACCCUGAUGCUCCACCCUCCCCCUCCGCUUCCCUUCCUCCUUCCCCUACCCUGGGCACUCUGAAGAGCCGGCCCACCACCCUUAACCUCACCACCACUCUCUCUCUCUCUCAGGACUCAUUGAACAACAACAGCAGUCUUUCUCCAAAGAAGGGCAGCUGGCAGCACUCUCUACGCAAGCCCACCUCACAAGGCCGUCUGUCUCCAACCCACUCCUGUCUGGAAGAUGGGAGCCACGUGACAGGCCAGUGCCCUUCCCAAACAGCCCCCCAGGCCCCAGCAUCCCAGAGCAAAGGCUCCUUUGGUCAACACAAGUCUCACCUGGGCUCUGACGAGGUCAUUAACUCCUCAGCCGACCCUUCAACUCUGACCUCCAGAGUUUCAUCCCUGGAUGACCACUCCCAGUGCUCUGACACCGAGGUCGACCACGACCUCAACAACGCUGACCACAACCACAAACGUUCACGGUCCUGCAUGUCCACCCAGCGACGUCCCACCGACACCUACACGGUCACUACUGAGUCAUGCCUGGACCGGGAACUGGAAAACGACCCAGACGGGACCAGCCGAUGCCUGUCCUCCACUGCUCCCAUUGGGGGGAAUGACGGAGCUGACACCCCUCUGUCAGGUGAGGAGCUGGAGAAAGAUUUUGACGUAGAGUUCAUGUGUAAGGAGACCUAUGACAUGGCGUGUAAGGAGAACCAGAGCUCAGUCUACGUUGAGUUCCCCUCCAUCGAGCCCUGUGAGCAGGCUUUUUUCUCCAGCUAUAUGCCAUCAAGCCGCUCUGAUGUUCUCGACCAAUCCAGAAACACUGACCAGAGCGAGCUUCCAGCUACAGCCAAUGAGGCGGCCAAUGACUCCACAUCUCCGUCCUCGGACCCUGGCAUCGCUGACAUGAAUGCCAAGCGGUGCUACGCCACCUCAGACCAAGAGCAUGACCUGAGCUCUCCCGGGUCAGAAUCAGACAUUGAGGGGGAGCUGGAGGCAGCGUUUGCCUGCGGAGGACCCCUGGUCUCCAAUAUGAUCUCCUCCAUCUCAGAGACAGAGCUGGACAUGACCAGUGAUGACAGUAGUAGUGGACGCUCCUCCCACCUCACCAACUCUAUUGAAGAGGCCAGUUCACCCACCUCCGACCAGGAACUGGGCCCUGACAACGAGUUAGAACAGGACAGCAGCAUUGUGGGAAUGAAGGUAUCACUCCUCCUUGGCCACCCAGACCCCAUCAAAGUGGGCUCACCCUUACCCUCACCUUCACCACUACCCUCCCCCAGCCUAGCCACCCCGUCCCCUGCUGACUCCCCCAUCCUGCCCCCAGAGCCCUAUGAUGACGGCCAGGCUCUGAUGGGCCUACAGAGUGUAGAUGAUUAUGAUGAAUUGCCUUAUGAGCACCAGGCUGACCCAGAUGAGGCCCUGCCCCCACCCCCACGCUGUGAGGAGGACAGAAGGUCCAAACAGAUGGUACUCCAGAUAGAACCCGACCACAGCCUGGAGAGCUUCAAACACUCCUUCUACCUGCCAGUGGGACCCAGACUCAUACCCACUCACGAGGACGACUAUGACGGUAACAGUGAGGGAGAGUCAGAGUCGGAGAGCGAGGACGAGCUGAGCGAGAAUUCAGACUCACCCUGGUUGCUUAACAACCUGGUGAACAAGAUGAUCUUGGCGGGGUCUUAUCCAAUUAGCUGUCCCGAGGACUGUUUCAAGAGGUCAGUGUCCGUCUCGGACACCAUCUCACCCUCUUCAGACAUCGAGCCAGUCACGUUCACCGACGCUGCGGGUGAAAGAAUGCUGAAAUCUGGGACGAAGGAAUCGAAGGAUAAAAAAGGGAAGGGUCUGAGGAAGGAGUGGAAGGAGAGUGAGAAGAUGGAGAAGAGUGCAGAGCUGCCCAAAUGGAAUACAGGGAAAGUCAACGAUAGAUUUGGCCCCUGUCUGUACAAGAGCAAUCCCACAGCUGACACCAUCAGAACGGUGAUCGUGGAGCGUUAUGGCAACAGGGUAACCACAGACAACAAUCACACUCAGGACUCUGAGAAAGAAAUCACCAGCCCUAAAUCAGGCAAAAACACCAAGAGGCAGGAUGAAGAAGAUGACAAUACUGUGGAGCCCGAUAACGACCUGAUGAUGCUGGAGGGUACGGAGGAGCUGGACUCUCCUAUUCUGAGUGAGAGCGUGGCGAUUGACAAGGACGAGGGCCGUGAGACAGAGGCCAAGCCCAACGGACACUCUACGGCCUCCCUGGAACGCAUCAACACUGUCAAACACAGCAUGACCCUGGAUAUCCCCACGGCCCAGACCAACCGAUGCUUCAGCCUCACCUACUCCACUGACAAUGAUGAGGAAGAGGGAGACUCCUCCCCAUUCCUGAGCUGCCUGAGGAAGCAGUCAUCCUACGUUGGCAGCCACCAGUACCUGGAUAGCUCUCCGCCCAUCGACGAGAGUGUCCGGGACCUCACCCUAUUGGAGCAGGAACGCACCCUGUGUGAGAGAGACCUCCCUCUGCGGUCCCAGCCGGAUGACGACGGUCUGGCAUACGACUCCAUGAAGUACACUCUGGUGGUGGAUGAGAACACUACACUGGAGCUGGUCAGCCUCAGGAGAUGUACCUCUGUGCUGAGUGAUGACAGUGAGCUGUCUACACUGUGUGACGAUGACCCUCUGGGGAUGGGGGAGGUGGGGUACUUCCGGGGGAACGGAGGGGUGCGGCCAGAACUCCUCAGCUCGUCAGAAGACUCCUCACCUGAGGCUGACAUGCACUUCUCCAAGAAGUUCCUCAACGUAUUUGUCAACAGCACCUCACGAUCCUCUAGUACAGAGUCAUUUGGGCUGUUCUCCUGUGCCAUCAAUGGAGAGGAGAGGGACCAGACACACAGGGCUGUAUACAGGUUUAUCCCUAGACAUGUUGAUGAGUUGGAGCUGGAUGUGGACGACCCUCUGUAUGUCGAGGAGGAGGAGGAUGACUACUGGUACAGAGGCUACAACAUGCGGACAGGAGAGAUGGGGAUAUUCCCUGCCUUCUAUGCCCAUGAGGUCAUAGGGCAGUUCAAGGAGAUAAUGGGAGUGAAGAGGAACCCAGCCUGGAUGGACAGUUUCAGCGUUCAGUUCCUGGGUUCUGUGGAGGUGCCCUAUCACCAAGGCAAUGGUAUCCUCUGUGCCGCCAUGCAGAAGAUUGCGAUAGCGCGGAAGCGGACGGUCCAUGUGAGACCCCCCUCUCUGUGUGAGCUGGAGAUUAGUUUACAAGGGGUUAAACUGGUGAUGAGCCUGGAGGACGAAUAUGACACUUUGGAUGAGUUUGACAGAUGUAGUCACUUCUUCCAGAUGAAGAACAUCUCUUUCUGUGGAUGCCACCCCAAAAACAAUUGCUACUUUGGCUUCAUCACUAAACACCCCAUGCUGAACAGGUUCGCCUGCCACGUCUUUGUCUCCCAGGAGUCAAUGCGGCGUGUGGCCGAGAGUGUUGGACGGGCUUUCCAGGAGUAUUACCAGGAGCACCUGGAGUACGCUUGCCCCACCGAAGACAUCUACCUGGAGUAAAGCAGGCAGGAUGUAGGAAGUGUUGCCAUGACAACCAUGUCCUCUUCUUCCUGCUGCUGCUUGUGUAGGUUCAUCAAUCUCACCACCAGGGGGUACUGGUGGCUCUUCUUUCCAUUGUAAAAUACCCCAUAUAUACAGUAUCCCUCUAAAACUGGAAUGUUAAUUUCCGUUCUACAGUAUGCGACGUGUUUUAUUCAUUUAUUGACUUAUUUAUUUAUUAAUUUGUUUAUACGUUUAUUUUCCAUCUUCUAGAUGGAUUGCCUGUUUCUUUUUCUAUGAUACGGUUCUAGGAAUAAGUCUUGGUACCGUAUUUGAGAUAUUAUGUAUCCUCCUCGGUUUAAAAAACAAUAACAACAAUGAAAUUCCUACUACUGCUAUUUCACAUGUUCCAAUGCAUGGCUAGGAGGGUAAUGCACACACAAUCACACACAGAAAAUUAGGACACACAAAUACUGCAAAAAUCAAGAGGACAAUGAAGCAUAUUAUUUGGUCAGGUGAGGUUUGGUGUAAAUAUGUUUUUGUUCAAAGAUAGAAGAAGAGAGAGUACAUUGAUGUGAUUGGUCCGAGCUAACACCUGUAUCGUGUACAAGAAAGUGUGAUCUGUAAAUAUACACAUUAGGAACACCUAUGUAUAGGCAGUAGAGAAAUACAGAUGACUCAUACAAACUAUGAAAGUAGCAUCCACAACCAAUAAUCAAACAAGAGGAAGUGAAGAAAGGAAAAAUAAAGAAAUAGAAAGGAAGAGAGGGAUGAUCUUUUAGCCCAGUGUUUACCAGGAACAAUUGGUGGGACUUGGACCUAUUUCAGAGAGCUUAUCCUUUCACUGGUUGUGUUAUGUGGCUUAUGCCUGGUUCCAGUUCUCUUCUCUAGUUCCUUCCCCAGCUUUGAAGUCCACCAUUUUUUUAUUCAUAGUUUGAAAAUGUACUGGCGUCAGAUCUGAAAGGACCGAGCAGGUGUAAGCGACGUGGUGAUGGCCACAGUUAGCCCUUCAAUUGAGCUAAAUGGAGUUGCCAUCAUAUUUAUUACACCUAUCCAGAUCAUUUGACAUCUGUGGGUGUGAACACUGAGCAGGAGCUAGGGGAAGGGACUAGGAGCUAAAAUGGAAUGAAGCCUCAGUUUUGCAAUGGAGGCUCUUCAUCAUAUUGGUCAUUUUGACAUUGAAAGGGUUCUGACUUAUGUUGAUGAUGUUGACCUGAUAGUAAGCCCAGUCCACCAUGGUCCAUAACUGUCUCAGUAGUCAUCUGUCAUUGGACAACAGCUCCUCUGAUCAAAUCUCCAAACACAGCAGUGGCAGGAAGAGGUUGCUAUGGAAACGGGGCGAUAACUGUCAGUGCUUUGGGAACAGAGAGAAAGAAUUUUAAAAAUAAUUUAAAAAGAGAAUCAUUCAGCUUCUGGACUUCUAAUGAUGCAAAUACAGUAUUACAGAAACAAUCCAAUGUUAUAUUCCUUUCCAUCUGGUCCAACUGUGAAGUGUCCUAAUGUACAUGUACAGAGAUAAUCAGUCUGAAUAUCAGGUUGAGGACAGUUGAAGGUCCUCUUCAGGAGAAGCCAUAAUCCCACGGUUCUGACUGUUCAACACUACUCCCUCACAGGAAGCACUGUUGUACAGGUGGGUGUCCGUCCCUGUUUGAGUUGAGUCCACUGAGAAUAAGGCCAGAUUGGCCUUGGUUGACUGUCCAUAAGGCGACAAGGAAAGUAAAGUCAUGACAUCGAUAAUGCUGACUAAGAAAGUAGUGGUGCCUUCUGUGUCGUCCUACCUUCUCUUUGAGGUGGAUCAAGUCAAAAUGAGGAUAGACAGUUUAAGCAUUUAAGUUUUCAAGAUAUUAGACUUUCAAGAUGUCACCGGCCACCAUCAUGAUGAUGCAAAAUGCUAAUAAUUUAUGGAAAAAUACAAAAAGAUAGUUUUUGAGAGGAGUUCCCCUUUAAGUUAGAAAAAAGGUUUGAUAUUGAAGUGCCACCAUAGAAAAACCGGUAGUUUCUUGGAUAUAAUAGGCUUGCUUUGGUCCGACCAACAGUUUUAGAAGUUGAUUUUACAAUGUCUAAUGGCUCAUAUUCUGCCUGAUAAAUGUCCUGAGAAGUUGACAUUUCCACAUGUACUCCUUGAUUUCACUCUUAUCAUAGGUAAUAUACAGUACAUCGUUUGCGUACUUAUAAUAGGACAUUUGACUUUCUACAGUUGUCUUUUCCAGUUCACAUAGCAUACUGUAGCCUACAGUAUAACAUCUAAACAGAUGAAGGGAGUAGAGAGGUGGCCAACACAGAAUGAAUUGAAACAGGUGUCAUACUGCAAUCCCCAAUAUCAGGUUGAGUGUAGAAGACGAGGGAUGCUCGUCUACUGCUUUUAUUCUUCAAGUAUCAAACGGCAAGAAGAAGAUCUUGUAGAGGAGAGCAUUGUUGAGCCGCUGGUGAUGAGGAGUCAUGGGACCUCCAUGGUGACCAGUUUAUUAUUUGUGAGAGUGGUGUCAGUAGGAGGGUAGAGGGUAUAAUCUAAAUGUGUAUCGCUGUCGGUUAGAUCCUGUAAAUACUAUAGAGAGUCAACAAGAUAGUGCUGUGUCCUUUACGUUAAGGAUGUUAUUGAAAUGGAAUAUGUCAAAUAAAAGGAGACAUAUUAAAAAAAGAACCAUGAAAACCACAAUGGAAAGAGAGAACAUUGUACAUUUCCUUUUAUUAUUUGUUUUAAUUUGAGGGUGUUGCGUUUCCAUACACAUCACUGUCUCUACAUCAAACCACUAUGUUUUGUGAACCACUAAGUUCUUGCUAACUCAGACAUUCACCCCACAGACAGGCUUCAGCAGCACUGCUUUUAGGCAAAUCUGUGACAUUGUCAUUAGGGGACACACGUAAAGUGUCACCUUGCUGAUAUCCAAUGCCACACCCACUCAAGUGUUGGCCAAUCCGCUGAUAGAGCAUAGUAGUAAAGAUUAACCAAUUAAAAUAGCUUUCAGAGUCUGCUUUCACACGGGAACUAGAGGUGGGACCAAGUCACUAUUAUUCAAGUCACUGCAAAUCUCAAGUCACAAGGUUCAAAUAGAGUCCCAAGUAGAACGGGUUGAGUCUUGAGUCAAGUCCUAGUCUUGCAUUCCAAGAGCGAGUCGAGUCGCAAGUUUUUUUGUGUGUCUCAAAUCAAGUAAAAAAAAUAUAAAAUAUACAGGCAAAGGCUUGUUUAACUACAAAUCUUUGUCCAUUUUCUUUAGGCUACCAGACAGCCCUUUUCAUUAUUUUGUCAACAUCACAUUUUGAUUAUGUAAUAAUUUAUUUUACCAAAUUCCAAAUGCAAGUCUUAUAAAUAAAUUAUACAUUUCAAGCAAUUUUGACAUACCAAAACACCAGUAGGCCUAUGCUAGAAAUUGUUGCUUGAUGCCCCAUUGCUGAUGAGCUUGCAAAGUAAACGGUUCAUAUUCUUGAUCAUCAGCAACAAACAAAAAAGAGAUGUAUAUUCAUUUAUGACAAUCCUAUGUCCCUACAAUUUGACGUUUGCGCUGCACACGAUCCUAUAGCUGUUCAGCAAAUCAGCAAUAUGUUUGCCAGCUCAGUGGUUUUCUAACUGUUUGACCCGCAACCCCCAAAAAGGAAUGGUUCAAAGUUCGAGACCCCCACGCAAAGGUGAGCACAAUCGCUGCUCAAAUUUAGCCUAUCAUUACGUCCAAAAAACGAUGAUGCAUUUUCAAAACGAAAGAUACACAAAUAAACAUAAGUCAACCCUUUUACACCUGCAUUUUGAGCUUAAAGUCAUUCAUGUUAGCUAUCGAUAUCAACUAGGAAUAUCAUGUCACAGUGACCACGUUUACAUGCACACCAAUAUCCCGUUAUUAUUCAGGAUACUCAAGUAUUCUGUUUUUGAGAUGGUGCAUAUAAACAUCAUAUCCCACUUACUAUAACCCAAAAAAGCUUUUGUCCCGGUUAUGAGAAAUCCAGAUAAAAUGCCUGGGAUAUGCUGAUUUUAGACGGGAUGUAAACAACGUAUACCCUUUACUGUUGUUUUUCGCUGUCUGCGCAGGCUCAGUUGCACAUAUGUUGUGUUGUGCAGUCCAUGGGGUUCUGCGAUGACUUCAGUUUAGCUUGGGUGCAUAUGUCUGCUUGCAUUAUAGUGUCAAAGAUAACACAUUACCCUGGCAUUUGUAUUUUCUCGAGAUGCUGAAAUAAAUAAAUAAUAUUUAUCCAUUCCUGUUCCAAUGACGAAAUUAACAUUUGUUGUAUAAUUUUACUGCAAUAAAUGCGUAAUUCUGAAGUAGUUCAUAUUUUAUAAUGCUAUAUGUUGUGGGUAUAAUUUGUGGAACGUUCCACUUCCAACAUGAAUCUGUUCCAAAACUUCGUGAAGUACAACCAUGCCAACAAACAACGCAUACAAAGUAGCAUGAUCAAUUCACCUAGCUAUCUAGUAGCUAAAUAGGCAUCAACUCACCACAUAGAUUAUUCUUAAUGUUUGUCCAUUGGCUACCAGAUCAAGGAUAGACAUUCUUCUGAAUAAACGUGGUGAGUGAAAAACUUAACCAAACUGCCAACAACCUACCCGGUAUCUUAUUCUGCCACUAUAGAACUUUGAAUGCGUUGUUUGUUGAAAACCUUGUUAUUUACAAAGUUGGAAGGUUCCACAAAUUAUACUCACCCCGCUACAUGUGAGAGGUAAUAUGCCUACAGUCCGUGUCCAUAUUUCAGUUACUAUCCCAUUUAGCCCAUAUUAAUUUAAAUGAGGAAUAUUCUGUUUAUUCACGUGUACUCGUGAGCGGGAUAUCAGAGGUGCAUGUAAACAAUUUAGCCGAAUAAGAUUUUAAGCGGGAUAUGAGCUCCUAUCCGGACUACUGUGCGCAUGUAAACGUGGUCAUUGUCACUUCGCUGGAGUCCAGAGCAAGCAGGAUCAAAUGGCCUACCUGUAUGCAGCAGAGGCUGCGGGAUCGGAUGGAAAGCAUGACCUGUCUUUUUCUUCCUCACAAAUAAGCAAUUAAUUCGCCAGAAUAUGCUACAUCUUCAUCCCAUAAGUAUUGAAGGUAGUGUGAUGUUACCACUGAGCUGUAUAAUUAUAACCCACCCAAACUAAGCCAUAUCUGAAAUUUGAAAAUUAUAAAUUAAAUCACCAUUGCUAAACGGUACUCCAUAUGGAUCAUAUUAAUGUAGGCAGGCUACUCUGUUGUUACCAGGCAACAUAGGAGAAAAUUAAACGAGUGCUUUUUGGUCACUAUUUGGAUGUGUGCGACCGCCUUUGCGCACCAAUGCUGAUGACUGGACAUUGGUCAACAGUCAAGACCCGCAGCUUUUUGGUUCUGAAGCACAGAUAUGUUUUAAAAAGAAUUGUUCAAUGCCCUAGGCCCAUGUUAAUGACCAGAUCGAAUAAGCAGUUGUAUAAAUAUACAAUACAAAUGGUAGGCUAUAUAUUAUAUUAAAAUAUGUAUAAAAAUAUAUAUAUAUUUUGCCCAUUCAGUUUCAACUCCCUAAAACCUUCUCACUAUUUUAGCUCACCCAGUGUUGGGUGACUUUGUUGGUCCAAUCAUAGGUCCAUGUGUGCGUUUCACUAGCCAAUAUGUUGUUGUUUUUUGCAAGUGCGAUACUGUCUCUGGCUCUCCACGGAGACAAAAUGUUCCAAAACCUGGUCAGAUAAUCAAGGGAUUUUAUUUUCUAUCAGGCUGAGUCAUCAAAUUUGUGAAUUGAGUCAGUCGUGUGACUCGAGUCCAACACCUCUGACGGGAACCUAUCGCAUCUUGACAAUGUAGCCCAUGGCUGUGAGCUCCAGAUGUGUGCCAUCUCUUAACUGUACCAGUUUGUUUUGUGUAUUUUUUCUGUCUUGUAACAGCUUAAUUAAUUGAAGUCCUUUGAACUUCCCUGAUAGCUAAAGUACACCAACCAACCACCAAGUAUCCCCUAGUCAUGUAUAGCAGCUCAGACAUCCAGUUAACAGUUAAUCUACUUUUUAAAAAAUCCAUAAACAAUAUUAUUCACUGUAUAACUAGAGCAUCAGUAUGUGACAAAAACACAUUCAUCUAUCUUGUAUCAUUAGGGGGACUUGUCAAAAUGUAAAAUAAAAACAAAGAAAAACACUGCCUUGUCAUGGGUUUGAUCUUAUGAAUAAACUAUAUGCUUGAUGUCA